GCAGCAGCAGCCGCCGCCUCCGGGGAGCCCAGAGACACAGCGAGCCCGGGAGAGAGCGAGCGUCCAGCCAGGAUGUCUGUGGCUCCUCCCAGCUACUGCUUUGUGGCUUUCCCCCCACGGGCUAAGGAUGGGCUGGUGGUGUUUGGGAAGAACUCAGCGAGGCCCAGAGAUGAAGUCCAGGAGGUUGUGUAUAUCGCAGCUGCGGACCACGAACCCGAAAGCAAAGUGGAGUGUACAUACAUUGCAAUUGACCAAGUCCCGAGGACGCAUGCCAUUGUGAUCAGCAGACCUGCCUGGCUGUGGGGGGCAGAAAUGGGAGCCAACGAACAUGGGGUCUGCAUCGCCAAUGAAGCCAUCAGUACCAGAGAGCCAGCCCCUGAGAAUGAAGCCUUACUGGGGAUGGACCUGGUCAGGCUGGGUCUAGAAAGGGGUGCCACCGCCAAAGAGGCCUUUGACGUCAUCGUCUCCUUGCUGGAAGAGCACGGGCAAGGCGGAAAUUACUAUGAAGACGGGAACUUGUGCCACACUUUCCAAAGCGCAUACCUGAUUGUGGAUCGAGAAGAAGCCUGGGUGUUAGAGACCAUAGGGAAACACUGGGCAGCUGAAAAAAUCACAGAGGGAGUGAAGUGCAUUUGUAACCAGCUUUCCAUCACAUCCAAGAUCGAUGCAGAGCACCCCGAGCUCAGGAGUUAUGCCGAAGGUCAAGGCUGGUGGACUACCGACCAAGAGUUCAAUUUCUCAGAAGUGUUUUCUCAAGCAGAUGACCACCUGGGCUGCUGUUCAGGCAAAGACAGCCUAGAAAAACAAGAGGAGAGCAUCACUGUGCAAACCAUGAUGAACAUUUUGCGGGAUAAAGCCAGUGGAGUGUGUGUAGAUUCUGACUCAUUCCUCACUACUGCCAGCAUCGUGUCUGUCCUGCCCCAGGGAGGGAGUUCACCAUGCAUCCACUACUUCACCGGGACCCCAGAUCCCUCCAGGUCCAUAUUCAAGCCCUUCAUUUUUGUGGACGAUGUAAAGCUUGUCCCUAAAGUCCAGUCUCCCUGCUUCGGGGAGGAUGACCCCGCCAAAAAGGAGCCCCGUUUUCUGGAGAAGCCUGACCGCCGACACGAGCUCUAUAAAGCCCACGAGUGGGCUCGGGCUGUCAUUGAGAGUGAUGAGGAUCAAGGUCACAAGCUCAUGGAGACCAUGUUGGACCUGGAGAAACAAGGGCUGGAGGCCAUGGAAAGCAUUCUGAGCAGCACUGACCCUAUGGACCCCACUGAAGUGGCCGACCUUUUCUAUGAUUGUGUUGACACGGAGAUUAAGUUCUUUAAGUGAAUGAUGAUGGGCACGCUUAGCCUUUUCCCAAGAAGAUUAGCGCUUGUCAAGCCCUGAAGGAUAGUCUUUACAUUGCCGAAUUUUCAGGAAGGCAAAACGAAAGCAAAACCUUUAAAGAGUCUUUCUCUCUUCUUAGUAGCUGUUUCAAGUUUAACAAACUGGCUUUUCUUUGCCUGGUCACAUGCUGUUUUGUGUAGAGUCCAAGGAGAACGUCAGCAGUGUGGCCACGAUUUUCCAGCGGGUGUGCUGGCUGACACCCCAUGGAAUGCUUUUCUGGGCCACUAGAACAGAUGGAUGAGAGGAGGACCUUCCUGGCCCAUGUUCCGAUGACUGGAGCUACAGGCAUGUUUUUCUUCUAGUCAGUGUGCUUGCAGUGUGUCUCCAGGAAGGCUCUUAAGGAGCGAGAGGCACACACACGAUUGUCUCAGAGGGAACUGGACACAUUUGAGAGGCGCUGAGUCAGUGCAUGGAUUGAUGCUGAAACAGCCCCUCCAGCACAGAGCUCGGCAGGCCAGCUGCUUCUCCACCUGGAUGGUGUCAUGUAUAUAGAUGAUUCAGAACCAAGCUGCUGCUGGCUAGCUUGAGGUUACUGUAAUUAAAUGGCCCCAUGGAAGGAUUCCAAACGUACAGAAGCUGGGAAUCCGCCAACAUGCAAGGCAGAGGGGGAAAACCAGCAGCCAGUGACCAUGCAGGCAUCAGCUGAUGUUCUUACAUGCCCAGAUUCCCUCACUUCUCUGGGAAACUUGGAGGCACUCUCCCUGUGUAUGCAUUAUCUCAGCAGCCAGUUAGGGUAGUUAAGUUGAUUCGUUCUGCACGUGUAGAAUUAAGUGAAAGAAAGCAAUUUGUCAACAGCGCCUGGAAACCAGCUUAAGGGGUGCCCAGAUUGGGUCAGUGCUAUGAAGACCGAGUACAAGGAGGGCUAGAGAGGUCCAGCAUUGCUCUGCAGGGCAGCUAUUGGACCCUGUCUCCUGAAUAGCUGGUGUUUAUUUACAAGUCACUUUAAGGCUUCCCAAGUGGGUUACCUGCAGCGUAGUCUAUUUCCUGCUGCUAGCUGUACAUUGUUGACUUCUCCUCUGUCUGACUCUUUUUCCUCACUGUUUCCCCACUUCUCAGCUGCCGUCUCCCAAAAAGCUUACAUGGGGAAAGCUCUUAGACCAAGGCGUCCCCUCUCCCCUUCCUUGCUUGACUGGGAAGGGACUGACACGUGUUUUCUAAAGCCCUCAUUUAUUAUUAAAAUGGUCCCCCCAAAAAGGUCAUAAUUUUAAGUGGGUGAUGAGAUGAUCAUCAGCUGAAACGGAUAAAUAUAACAACGAAUGAAGGGAACAGGAGUAAGUUAGGGCACCUGGUCUGGGGCCAUUGGGAUGGGAUUACUUUGCACCACUUGUGUUGGUAGGACCCUACAGUUGGGACAGCUUUGAAGGUUACCUACCCUUCACAAUGUUGUAGCUCCAGCCUUCUUCCUUCUGUACAUAUGCUCCUUGCUUUAAACCUGUUAGCCAAAGUCCUGUGGUGGUUGAAAAGCAUGGCUAUUUUAUCAAAUUCUGUAUCUUAUGAUGUUAACUCCAAGUGAAUGGAUGCCUGAGAGCUGUCCAGGUGAAAGAAAGCACAGACUGCGGGGUGUGCUUCUUUCAGAGUGAGGGAAGGCAGGGCCACAAAAACACAACAAUAAAUUUGCCUCCGUUUUCACACUGCGGGCUACCAACUGUACAAUUUUCUCUCUGGAGAGCAGGAUAAGACCCUUGACUACUUCUGUUUAGUUUCCAUGGCCACAACAGCUUUCAUGGGCUUCCCAUAUACUGGUGGAAGUAGAGGGUAGGAAUGGUGGAGAUAGUUUGGUGAUGUACCACAUCUCAGUGGUCAUUCUUGAGUUGAGCUGUAGACUAUGGGUUCUUAGACCCCACAGACUCCUUUGGCAGUCUGGGGAAGCCUGUGAACCCCUUUGCAGAAUCAUAUUUUUAAAUGUGUAAAAUUAAAUAUAUAGAAUCACAAAGGAAGACAGUUACAUUGAAAGGCAAUUAUAAAAUUUUUUUAAAAAACAUUCAUGGACCCCUUGAGAUUUAUCCAUGGACCCCAGGUGAAGGACCCCUGUAAUGGAAGGAGUGAUGAUAUAAUAUGGGGUAUCUUAAAUAAACUAAGAAAACCUGGAGAGAAAUUCUACAAAUUCAUGAUGGGUACGGGGGGCCAGUAGACCUUUCGCUAUUGAGAACUCAGAGAUCUGCUCCGUAUCAACCAAGCUGAUUUGAAUGUUGAGAAAAUAAAUUUGGUUCUCCUGAU